AUGAAUUCAUUGGAAAUUCAACAACAAUUCAUUGAUCAACGACGUGGUCGUUAUGUACGUGUUAGUGAUACUGACCGACGACAAUUAAUUGAUACAUAUAAAAAAGGCGAAGAUUUUAUUGCACUUGCUAAAAAACUUAAUAUUAAACGAUCAACAGCUCGAAGUAUUCUUCGAACAUAUAUUGACGAAGGACGUGUAUCAGCAAAACAACGUGCUGGUACACGUUUACGUUUUAUAACUGAAAACGAAGCUGAAAUGAUACGAGAAAUGAAACGUCGUCAUCCAUUAAUAACAAUUGGUCAAAUACAAAUGCGUUUACAACGUACAUCAAAUCGUGUUUUAAGUAAAGCAUCUAUAUCACGUAUAUUAACAAAUAGUAUACGUUUGGGUAAACGUGCUAAACGUUCAGGUGAUGAUGAUGAUAUGGAUGAACAAGAUGAAAUGAAUAAUAAUAUUAUAAUGAAUGGAAAUGAUGAAGUUAUGCAAUUAUCAUCAGAUGAAGGUUUAGGUGGUACUGUUUAUAUUGAUGAUGAUGAAGAUGAUGAUGGUGAUGAUGAUGAUGGAAUAACAGAAAAUAAUUCAUCAAUACAAAAUCUUGAUGAUUUUCAACGUUUUAUGUUACGUAAAACAAGUAUUAAUGGAGAUGAAUCAAACGGUAAUGAAGAAUUAUCAUCUCAUACGAAAGAACAAUUGGAUGAAAAUGAAAAUCUUACAUAUUCAAUGUAUCGUAGUGAAGAUGAAGAUGAACUAUCAGAAAUCGAUGACAAUGAAAUAAAAUCUUCAACAGAUCUUCCAUUACAAAUUCCUUCAACACAACCUACAAUUGAUGAAAAUCCUCCACUUUCAAAUGAAAAUGAAAAUUGGACUCCAGUAAAAUCUGAACCUGUUUGUAUAUUUGUAAAUCGAACUUUUGAUUCAUCUGAUAGUGAACAUCAAGCUAUUAUCGAUGAAGAACCGACUAAACCUCAUCUCAAUACUCAAUCAACAGCAAAUCGUCGUAUUAAAAUGUGUCCAAUAUGUGGUGAAAAAAAUUUUUCUCGACUUUCUCAUCAUCUUACUGUUUCACAUAACCUUAAUCGUGAAGAAAGUUUAACAUUACUUGCAUAUACAGAUCGAAAUAUUAAUAAUCAUAAUAAUAAUAAUUCAUCAAUAGCAACUGUUAGUGGUAGUUCACCAAUAAAUUCUUCAACAAAUCAUCUUGAUAAAAGUCCACAACAAACUCCAAUUACUAUUAAUACAAAUAAUCAACAAAUACCAUCAUCUGUUUCAUCACCAGCAUUAAAUGAUUCUGAUAAUAAUAAUAAUAAUAAUAAUAAUAAUUCAAUAAUAACAACAAGUUCGCCACCUAAUGAACAACAAUCAACAAAUUUUACUCAUAUGGAUGAUCAUUUAAUAAAAAAACAUCAUUUAGUAUCAAAACAAGAACGUUUACCAUUUUUACGUUUAGCACGUAAUCGUCAUUCAAUAUCAAAUAUAGAAAAAUCAUCAACAAAUUCAUUUUUCAUUAGUCCUAAUGAUCAACAAACAGUUGCAACUGUUAAUAAAAAAUAUCAAAAUAUAAUAAAAAAAUAUCGUAAAAAACCUUUUAAUUCUAUACCAGUAUCAUCAUCAUCAUCCGCAUCAUCAACAAUAACAACAACAGCAGCAGCAACACUAAUAUCAAAUCAUGAAACAUCAUCAACCAAUUUUAAUCAAAAUUUAUUAACAACAAAUAAUAAUACAUCAAAACAAAUUCUAACAUCAAGAAAUUCACAUACAAAUAAAGAUGUAGCUAUACAUCAAAAAUUUGAACAACGUUUAUCUGUAUUUCGUCAACAAUUUGCUGUUACAGUUGCAAUGCAAAAUUCUUUAAUGCAACAAAUGGAAUUAUUACAAAGAAGUUUUGUUUCAAUUGAAGAUGAAUGGAAUGAUAUGAAAAAAGAAAUUGUUGAAUCUAUUUCAUAA